AACGGGUCGAUCCUCGGUUUCUCAUCACUGGAGAAAUACGAGAAAGAAAGUGAAAAUGUCUUUUUACGUUAAAAUUGUGAUCGCCUUGUUCUACGUUAUACUGCAGGCUGCUGGAUCUCCUCAUCGAUCGCUUUACGCCGAUGGGAAUGUGCAAAAGUAUCUCACUCAGUUUGGAUACCUACCUCAAACCGAUUGGGAGACUCAGAGCCUCAGAACGGAAGAUCAGCUCAUCGAUGCCAUAAAGGAACUUCAGAGGUUUGCACGAAUACCGGUGACAGGAGAAAUCGACGAGGCAACCAUACGACUGAUGAAAGCUAAGCGAUGCGCUGUUCCGGACAAACCGGACCCGAGAUUCUCGAAGGGUGCGAAUUUCUAUGGGAAUCACCAUCGACGUCAGAAGCGAUACGCGCUCUACGGCGAGAAGUGGGAUCACACCAAUCUGACCUGGAGUCUGAGGACCUCCAGUCCACGCGGUCUCGAUGUCGGAGGAGUUCGGGCCGCUUUCAGUCGGGCUCUCAAUCUAUGGGCUGUAAAUUCAAAACUCACAUUCACCGAACACAACAGCGACUACGCCGACAUUCUGAUCUACUUUGAACGGGGGAAUCACAACGAUGGAUACCCCUUCGACGGAAAAGGCCAGAUCCUGGCUCACGCGUUCUUUCCGGGACCACAACGUGGCGGAGAUGCGCAUUUCGACGAGGAAGAGGCUUGGCUGCUCGACGACGAUCCCAACCAAGAUGGCACCAGUCUUUACGCCGUUGCGGCUCACGAGUUUGGCCAUUCCUUGGGACUCGCUCACAGCUCGGAACAGGGCGCCCUGAUGUAUCCCUGGUAUCAGGGCCUCAGUCGAAACUACGAACUUCCGGAGGACGACAGGAUAGGGAUACAGCAGAUGUACGGCUCUCCCGAAGAAAGGCUCUGGGGUCCUUACAAUCCCCGAACUCACGAGAGAACUUGGCCUCGGACUCGGCCACGGCCUACACCCUCGACCACGACCACUACGACUACCACAACGCGUAGGCCCUACUUCAGGAGAACGCAGCCAACGCGGCCGAACGAAUACCCGGUGGAUCCGAGGAGACGUCCGGAUAUACCAGACCGCAGGACUCACUAUCCCGAAACACCUCAGAGACCGAGGCCAAGACACCACCCGCAGACGGAUAAACCCGCCCCCGACACCUGCAACACGAGCUACGACGCCAUCAGCGUCAUCAGGAGCGAGAUAUUCGUAUUCAAGGACCGGUACUUCUGGAGGGUCGGCGACAGCGGCGUCAAGCGUGGAUACCCGGUCGAGAUAAAUCGUUUCUUCAAUUUCGGAGAAGACAUCGACCACGUGGAUGCCGUCUACGAGCGACUGGACAAGAAGAUCGUCUUCUUCAUUGGCAAGUCCUUUUACGUGUUCAACGGAGGAAAGAAGGAGCCUCAAUAUCCGCGGCCGAUUACCGACCUCGGACUUCCAGACUCGUUGAGAAAGAUCGACGGUGCUAUGAUAUGGGGAUACAAUCAGAAGACCUAUUUCUUCAGCGGACACGUGUACUGGAGAUUCGACGAAUACGUCCAACGGGUCGAGUUGGACUACCCAAGAGACAUGUCCAUGUUUGCCGGGGUUGCUCCAAACAUAGACGCUGUUUUCCAAGCGAAGGACGGUAAAACGUACUUCUUCAAAGGAAAGGGAUUCUGGGAGUUUAACGAUCUUCGGAUGAAGGUGAAGAACGAAAGGCAGAAACUCUCAGCUCCCGUUUGGAUGCGCUGUCCAAGGAGGGAGGAAGAUGAGGACUUUUACAGCAAUUUGCCCAGGAGGGACAGGAUUACGUAUACUAAUUCGGGAACGCUACCCUUUGCAACACUCUACGGCUACGUAUUCAUCGGUGCCGUUAUCCUGAGGUUAUAGUAGAACGAAUUUAUGCAUAGAAGAGAAGAGAAAAAAAAUGUCUUAUCCCGAUACGGAAUGUAUACGAUUUUACCGUACAUUCGAAUAUCAAACACAUACACCCACGCAC